AUAAAAACACUAAAGAUUUAAAAAAGAAAAAAAAAAAAUCAUCAUCAUCAUCUUCUUCAUAACCCAUUCAUAAUUAAUACCUAAUAUAAAAUCAAAUACUAGAUUCUACUCAACAAAAGAUAAUAAAGAAAGGAGCAAAAUACAUAAUCUCUAUUUGCUAAAUACUUUGAAAUAUUCAAUCGCUCUUCAAGCAAUUUUGCAAAAUAUCGUAUCUAGGAUUUACACUCAAUACUAGUAACCCUUGCUAAAAGAAAGAAAUUCCUCUUUUGUUUUACAUUUAGUAACGAAUUACUAUCAGAAAUUAUAAAUCUAACAAUAACCGUAACGAACAAUCAAACAAAAGAAAAUAUAAAAAUGAGACAAGUUGAUUUUUAACUUAUUGAUGGUUCCUCUUGCUCUUUCGGAGAAACAUCUCCAAGCAACUCUUAAGCUGAUCAUUUGACUAUUGGGAAUCUUGUGUUCGAGACUAACCCUUAAUUUUGUUAAUCUGCUUCCGAAGAAGACUACUUUAACAGUGUCUUAUCUGCUAAGCAAAAUGCACUUCCUAUUUCUUGCAUUUUAGAAAAGAAGCAGAAAGGGAUCAUAGAAGUAAAUUAUUGUCAAAAGCGCUCUCAAUUCUCUAGUUUCAAAGAAAUGUCUUAACAAGUUAAUAAUAUUUGUGCUGAAUAGCAACACUCUAUUCAAAAGUAUUUGACUUUAUCAUAGGAUCAUAAAUAUUAGAAUGAAAAUAAUAAUAUAAGUGAUUCCGAUUCGAGUAGUGGUCGCGCUAGUUAUUAAUCUUGCUAGGAAUUAGAAUCAAAAGAAUCAGCAUUUGCUUACUUUAUUGAAAAAGAGCUGGGCAGCUUUUCUAACAAUACAGGAAUUAAUGGUAAAUCAUAAAUUUUCUCUUACACAAUUAUCUAGUGUGUCGAAGAUGAGCUAGAACCUUUCAUCUUGCGUAAAGGCUUCAGUGAAUCCCUUGUAACUAUCCUAGGUUCAAACCGUAAUCAUUUCUAGUAAAUGAUGAUGAGAAUCUCAACUUACGAACCCCGCUCUUAAGAAAUUCGUCGUUAAUAAAACAAUCAGCUCCUUUAAACCCACUUGUAAUGCUUCGAAGCAUCCAAAAUGGCAUCAUAAGAUGCUUACUCACAGCAAAGUUCCUCCUCCUAAUAAAUUUUUUAUCCAAACUUCCUUCCCACAUAGCCCUUAGUGAAUUACUAUCAAUCUCAAAUUGAAACUUUAGAAAAAAUAAUUCUAAAUUGCACUGUAAGCUCUACAGCUAUUCCCUGCAUAUUAAAUGGAGUCUUAUUAGGUUUUAUCUAAUUCGAAUUCUAUGCAUUCCAAGCUCCAAUUGUUAAAAAGCUUAUCGCAGACAGAAGAGUGAACAAGAUGUAAAUUCCUAACUUCUGGAAUGAACAAGAAUACAACAUCAAAAGCGAAUUAUUCCUAUAAAAAAUGGAAUGCUAUAACAAUACAAACUGA